AUGAGAAACGUUCCCUUACAGGAGUUGGUGUCAUUUGAGGAUGUGGGUGUGGACUUCACCUGGGAGGAGUGGCAGGACCUGGACAGUGCUCAGAGGACUUUGUACAGGGAUGUAAUGCUGGAGACCUACAGCAGCCUAGUGUCAUUGGGGUACUGCAUUUCCAAACCUGAGGUGAUCUUCCAGCUGGAGCAAGGAGCAGAGCUGUGGUCAGUAGAAGAGCUCUCAAACCAGAGCCUCCCAGGACCGUCAGUUACACUGGGCAGGGAGGCCAGGAAGAGCAGAGUCCAGCAGAUGCUGGCAAUGUUCAGCUGUUUUCACCAGUUUUUCCCUCAGGUUUGGUCUGCAUGCAUCAAGCAUGUGCCUUUUACAGUCUCCAAGGAGGGCUCUCAAUCAGACCUUACUAGACAUAGAUUUCACACAGGAGACGAACCAUAUGAAUGUGAUGAAUGUAGAAAAACCUGCCAGAAGUUGCACCUCACUGUACAUCAGAAAACUCAUGCAGAAGAGAAACCUUAUGAAUGUAAUGAAUGUGGGAAAACCUUCAGCCAGAGGUCAUACCUCAGGAAGUAUCAGAAAACUCACACAGAAGAGAAAUCCUAUGAAUGUAAUGUAUAUGGGAAAACUUUCUGCCAUAAGUUGGCUCUUAUUGUGAAUUACAGAAUUCACACAAGGGGAAACAUGAAUGCAGUGAAUGUAGAAAAACCUUUUGCAAGAAGUCAAACCUUAGGGUGCAUCAAGUCAGCCCUCACUGAACAUCAGAGUUCACAUGGGAAAAACCGUAUGAAUGUAAUGAAUGUGGAAGAACCUUUUGCCAGAAAUCAGCCCUCAACAAGCAUCAGGGUACUCAAACAGGAGAAACCAUAUGAAUGUGAUGAAUGUGGAAAAACCUUUUCACAGAAAGUUUACACAGGAGAGAAACCCUAUGAAGGUAACGGGUGUGGGAAAACCUUCAGCCAGAGGUCACACCUCAGGAAGCAUCAGAAAACUCACAGAGAAGAGAAAUCCUAUAAAUGUAAUGAAUGUGGGAAAACAUUUUGCCUGAAGUCAGCCCUCACUGAACAUCAGAGUUCACACAGGAAAAACUGUAUGAAUGGAAAUAUGAACAUCAAUGAUGAACAUUACUUUGAAGCCUGA